AUCACUUAAAUACGCUUAAAUCCUCUCCUCUUGAAUCCGACUCUCACCUCUCUGCAAAAACACCGAAACUUCCAUUUCUUACAAUUCCAAUUUCUGACUGCGACCUAGUCAGUUAGUCAGUCAAUCAAACAAAAACGGCACCGUUUUCCCCCUCCUCAUGCUCUAGAAAACCCAAAACCACUACUACAUGGCCAUAGCAGAAGAGCAGCAGCAGCAGCAGAAAUCUCCAUCAGACGGAAAAGUCUGGAACUUCUUCAAGCUACCUUUCCGUCACUCCAAUACGACGCCGUCUUCUUCUUCUUCGUCUCACAACGCUCCUCCGCAUCAUACGAAUAGCAAUUACAGUGCUAAUCAUAGCACCGUUUCACAUAGUAACAACAGUAAUAUUAUUAACAUGAGUAACAUCAGUAAUAAUAACCAUCAUCUUCAGGUUGAAGGAUCCAACCCACACGGUUCGAACUCGGUUUCUUCGGUUGCCAGGUCGCUUCUUCCGGCUCGGCGUCGACUCAAGCUCGAUCCUUCUAAUAAGCUCUACUUUCCCUAUGAACCUGGCAAACAGGUAAGGAGUGCUGUUAGGAUUAAAAACACAAGCAAGUCCAAUGUAGCCUUUAAGUUCCAAACAACUGCACCAAAAAGCUGUUUCAUGCGUCCUCCUGGGGCUAUUCUUUCUCCUGGUGAGAGUAUCAUAGCUACUGUGUUCAAGUUCGUGGAGCAGCCAGAAAACAAUGAAAAACCAGAAAAGAGCAAGCUUAAGUUUAAAAUAAUGAGCCUUAAGGUCAAAGGAGUAACAGAUUACAUACCUGAGCUGUUUGAUGAGCAGAAGGAUCAAGUAGCAGUAGAGCAGAUAUUGCGGGUUGUCUUUCUAGAUCCAGAGCGUUCAAGCCCUGCCAUGGAAAAAUUGAAGCGCCAGUUGGCUGAUGCUGAUGCUGCAGUUGAGAAUCGCAAAAAGCCUCCAGAAGAGGCAGGUCCAAGAAUUAUUGGGGAAGGUCUUGUCAUAGAUGAAUGGAAAGAGCGAAGGGAAAGAUACCUUGCUCGACAGCAGGUUGAAGGGGAAGUCUCUGUAUAGAGUGGUGCUUGCAGUUCUUCCAAGUAAUUACUUCGAUAUGGUGGAAAAUUGUAUAAUCUUCUGUUAAGUAUCAUUUCAACCCUACCAAAGAUUUUAUGUAAUGAGAAAGAUGUUUUAUUUAUAGAAUUGAUUAGAAAAAUUUUAGACAUCUUUUGGUGAAAAAAGACAGGUGUGAAUCUCCUAUACUUGGAGUGACUUAUUAAUGAUCAGCUAGACACUACUGCCUGUAGAUAAUGUGAUUUUUGUUUUGUUCUCCUCAAGGAAUAAAAUGGUCUUUCUUGAUGUGUUCCAGUAAA